AUGUCAAUUUCUUCUUCUUUUCCUCUCAGCCAAAGUAAAGUGUCCUCAGAACUAUGUGUUCAAAUCACUGACUCAAAAAAUCUGCAGAACCCUCUUAUCGAGAAGCGCCCCCGCAACUUCGGCAUUGGCCAGGAUAUCCAACCGAAGCGUAACCUUUCGCGCAUGGUGAAAUGGCCUGAAUACGUCCCCCCCGCGAUCGCCCAAUUCCAAAACACUUUGGACCGCAACACCGCCGCCCAAGCCUUCAAGCUUCUGAACAAAUACCGCCCAGAAUCCAAGGCUGAGAAGAAGGAGCGUCUCCUCAAGGAGGCCUCCGCCAUCGAGGCCGGCAAGAAAAAAGAGGACGUCAGCAAGAAGCCAUAUGCUGUGAAGUACGGUCUUAACCACGUUGUCGGCCUCAUUGAGAACAAGAAAGCUUCUCUCGUUCUCAUUCCCAAUGAUGUUGAUCCUAUUGAACUCGUCGUCUUCCUUCCCGCCCUGUGCCGCAAGAUGGGUGUUCCAUAUGCCAUUAUCAAGGGCAAGGCUAGACUCGGAACUGUCGUCCACAAGAAGACUGCCGCCGUCCUUGCUCUGACCGAAGUCCGCUCUGAAGACAAAACUGAGCUCUCUAAGCUUAUCUCCGCCAUCAAGGAGGGAUACAGCGAUAAGUACGAGGAGAGCAAGCGCCACUGGGGUGGAGGUAUCAUGGGUGCCAAGGCCAAUGCAAGACAGACCAAGAGACGCAAGGCUUCCGAGAACGCCAUCAAGCUCUAA